GGAAUCCAUGUUGGAUUUGUAGGUGAGACAAGAUUAUAUGCACGAAUUCUGACAUUAGAGAGCUACAGGUAAUUAUCGAACGUGUACCUGUAACGUCAUUAAAAUUUGCAAACGUCAUUGGCAUACCGUGAUAUUUCUACGUGUAUCUACCAGUUGCAUACAGGUAGAAGCAGUUUUACACACAAAUCAUGACUCUGACAAGGAACAACCCAUACCUGAUUUCGACGUCUCUUCUAUUCGUGUGUAUGGCAGAAAUUUACAGUGGCCAAAUAAUUGAUUUUGUCACAGAUCCCUGUGCAAGGUCAUAUGAAAUAGAAAUUCUGAGAAAAGAACUAGACGUGUUAUUGAAAGUUGUAAAAGACCAAGAAGUUAGAUUAAACAUCCUGGAAGGAGAAUUGACAUACGUCAAGCAGAAAAACUGUCAGUGUGAGAGUCUUCUGUCAUCGCCCGAAUCUCAUCCAACGACCAAAAUGACAAUGACAACAUGAGAAAUCACCCAUAUGCUUCAGGAUCCUUAACAAUUUACGUAACAACGGAUAAUGAAACCACAGUCAAUAUAUCAAGUUCCCCUCAUUUAAAGCCGAGCAUUAAAUCAGCAGUUGACAGCAGUGUAUCUAUUACAUCUAAUUCAAAAUUUACACUUCCAUUUGAGCUUACAUGUGAAUAUGUAAAAGUAGAACCAAAGGCGGUGAUAGUUCGGACUUCUGAACUAUCCACCGUAACUAUUUUCGAUAGCUUUUAUAUAAAUACUAACGACGGGACACUGGUUAUUCCAACACACAAACUGUCUAAUCAGUAUCUCAUUUCUACAACAGAACCUUAUUCCACGUCAAUCGACUAUAGUCAGUUUGCUAUAGGAGCCCUCAUUGACAGAACAGACAUAACGAUAAAAUUUAAAAUGGCCAAUACUUCUAGAAUCACGCUACUUGGUGGGACGUAUAGUGAUGGCGAUGUUUUCUCCAUAACUUUGGACAGAUUCGAAACUUUCCAGGCUAACCAUAAUACAGAUCUGAGUGGGACGUUUAUAACAUCUACAGAACCAAUAGCAGUGUUCUCCGGAAACAGAUGUAAUAAGCUAAAAAAUAGUGGUGGCUGCAAUCACAUGCUAACUCAGCUACCACCAACGACAGAAUUAGAUCAUCAGUUCAUUGUGCCCCCGUUUUUCCAUAAUUCAGAAACAUUAAUUCAGGUAGUAACCCAAACUCACAACGCAGUCAAUAUCACUAUUGAGGGCAGCGAAUCAUCGUGGAUUUUGAAUGAGAGAGAAUUCAGAAAUUUGAAAUCAAAUCAAAUAGCAGUUUUAGUUUCGAGCCAACCUGUUUCAAUUACCGGUUUUGGAAUGGGCUUGCCAUAUGAUACUUACAUGACGGUCAUUCCCGGCGUGCAUCAGUAUCUCGCUUUCUACAAGAUCACAAUACCAUCUGGAUAUACAGAAAACUUCCUAUGUCUAAUAAUUCCAGCAGUCUCCAUAGACAACCUUCAGAUAAAUGGCCUCUCUAGAGAUCAUUAUAACACUGUUUAUCAGAGUUCUGUGUAUUUAGAUAAAGCAUACGACGUCCGUGUCUUUCAAGUCAAAAAUACUGGUGAAACAUUUGUUUUAUCAACAACAGAUAAAUCAGAAUUCGGACUGAUUGUUUAUGGUCAUCGUGCAUUUGACGGAUAUGGAUUCUCUGGAAACUUUGUCCUACCCUAAAAUCAUAAGAACUUAUGUAUAUCUUAUCUACAAUCUAAGUUAUGUACUUUAUUAUGUAACAUCUCCCGGGUGUUAAGAAUUGGAUAAUAAACAUGGGUUUUGAAAAUAUCAUUUUCAUUGGAAUACAAUACAUAUGCAUUUUCUGUUCAAUCACUCAGAAGAGAAGUUGGAGGUGGAUCUAGGAUUUUGAUGUCGAAGGGGUAUAUGGAAUACCUUGAGUUUAUGUUUUAUGUAGAUAGAUAUUUUUCUUCUUUUUACUUUGGUUUGUGUAUUGUUUAUUUUACGUUCCUCCGAGAUUUCUUAUUUAUUUAGUAUCAUUAAAAAGGGGGAAGAGGUUACUAUGUGCCUACGUCGCCUUAGUGCAUACAUAACAUUAGACAUAAUUUUCAAGACAAAUUAUUAUAGACAUGUUCAGAAAAUACUGUAAGAGUUGAAUGAUAUCGGUUAUAUUUACGAUUAAAACACUUUGAUAUACCUAAUAUUACUAUCUAAUUAUUACACCAAAUUAUAUCUGAAAUGAUGUGUCAUUCACGUCAACUCUCUGUAAUUAUAGACAUGUUCAGAAAAUACUGUAAGAGUUGAAUGAUAUCGGUUAUAUUUACGGUUAAAACACUUUGAUAUACCUAAUAUUACUAUCUAAUUAUUACACCAAAUUAUAUCUGAAAUGAUGGGUCAUUCACGUCAACUCUCUGUUAGAGCGUAUAAUUCGUGAGGUGGAGCUGAUUGGUGUAAACCAUAUAUAAGGAUUGCUCAUUUCCAAACUUAUACAAUGAAAAGCGCGUCUCUCGGAUGAGACCUUGAAAAACCGAAGUUAAUUAUCUGUCACGGGAUGAAUUUCCCUCCGUGAGGUGUAAUAUUUUAGUUUACAUACAUUUUCUUUCAUUCAUAAAAUUAUAUCUGUACACCCUUA